GUAAUCUAGUAUCCUUAUGCAUGAAGAUAAUAAAUUUGGUCGUUGUGGUCGGACUCUAUUGUGGAUUUAUGACCACAUUCUACAUAGGGCCUUCUUAUCUCUUCCUUCUCCGAGCUCGGGUUAUGGACGAAGGAGAAGAAGGAACCGAGAAGAAAGUAUCAGCAAGAACAUGUUUUAUUACGGGACAGCUCAUGAUGUUCAUAUCAAUCUAUUAUGCGCCUAUGCAUUUAGCAUUGUGUAGACCUUAUACAAUAACUGUUCUAGCUCUACCGUAUCUUUUGUUUCAUUUAUUAUGGAACAAUCACAAACAUUUUUUUUAUUAUGGAUCUACUACCAGAAAUAAAAUGUGUAAUCUUCGCAUUCAAUGUUUUCGUUGGUUGGUUAAUUGGUCACAUUUUAUUCCUGCAAAGGUUAUUAGAUCUAAUAAGUAUAAGUUCUUUGUGUCAGAAUUGAGAAAUUCUAUGGCUCGAAUCUUUAGCAGAAUACCAUCACCCAUUUUUACUAAGAAACUUAAAGGAACCUCAGAAAGGGGUGUGACUAAACAGGAGCAAGAGGUAUCCAUUGAAGAAACCCCUUUUCCUUCUAUUUUUUUGAAAGAAGGGGAAGAUCUGGACAAAAUCGAUAAAAUGAAAGAAAUCCUAGUGAAUGGAAAAGACAAAAUUAAUAAAGAUGAUGAAUUACACGUUCGAACAUACUAUAACUAUAAAACUGUUUCUGAAAACCAAUAUGGAAAUAAAGAAAAUUCGAAUUUAGAUUUUUUCAAAAAAACAAAAAAGGAUCAUUAA